AUGGAAAACUUUAUAAAUGCCCAAGCUCAACAAAAUAAAGAAUUUGCAAAUCAAAAUGCUCAUACGAGUGAACUGACGAAACAAUUGUCAAAUAAGGUUGAUGUUAUGGCUACCCAUAACAAAAUGAUAGAAACCCAAAUCUCCCAAGUAGCCCAACAACAAGCCGCAGUAGCAGUCCGAACUGGAGCAUUUCCUGGUCAACCACAACCAAACCCAAAAGGUCACGCUAAUGCUAUAAAACAUCAAAGUGGAACAAAACUAGAUGAACCCGUUGACCCUAGAAUCCAAAAUCCAGCCAUGUAUCAAAACUAUGGUAAAGGAACUAAAAAGGUAAACAAACCAACCCAUGGUGGAAAAGAAGACGAAAGCGGAGAGGCAAAAGAUAAAGAACCACCUUAUGUGCCUCCUCCACCAUACAAACCACCUGUACCUUAUCCCCAAAGACUUGUUAAAUCGAAAAAUAAAGGACAAUUCAAGAAAUUCAUAGAACUUUUGAAGUAA